UUAACCAACUGAUUUUCAGCCACUCUUUCUUAGAAAAAUCUGGAAUUUAACAGCUCUUAUUUAUAUUCUCUUUCUCUCACCCUCCCUCCACCAAGGCAUCAACAAGUCCUUCAUUUUAUUUUCACCAUCAUCACGAUAGAGAUAUUCCACAGAAUCUUCCACCCCCCCUCUCUCUGUAUUCCAAGUUUUUCUCUUUGAUUCUCUCUCUCCUUGUGUCUUCCUCUGUGUUUUUUUUUUGGCUCGUGUUGUUGCUUCUUUGGAUUCCCACAAAGACAACAACUAGUUGCUAAAGACUUAAAUAAGUCUUCUUGUUUUCUUUUUUCUGUCACCAACAUAAUAACAAUAAUAAUAUUGACAACAACCAUGUGUGUAAAGGAUGCAAAGCAAGAAAUGUAGAACCCAAUUGACAAUAAUAGUAGUUGUAAUAACAGCAAUAGCAACAAGAUGCAAUCUUUGCCUUUGCAUGGUGACCUCUUGCAAACCCAGAUGGAGAAUUUUGAUCAAGACUCUUCUUUGAUUAGUUCUAGUGGUGGGAUCAGUGUUGCCAACUCUUAUCCUUUGGAAAGCAUCUGUGAGGAUAGAGUGGUCACAGAAAGGAAACAGAAUCUGUUAACAGAUUUUUUUCCCACCCUUCGCUCAGGAGAGUGGUCUGAUAUUGGUGGUCGGCCUUAUAUGGAAGAUACGCACAUUUGCAUUAGUGACUUGGCUAAGAAGUUUGGUUGCAGUUUACUAAGCGAGCAUGCUAUUUCUUUCUAUGGUGUAUUUGAUGGCCAUGGAGGAAAGACUGCAGCACAUUUUGUACGCGAGCAUUUACCAAGAGUCAUUGUUGAGGAUGCUGAUUUCCCUGUAAAACUUGAGAAAGUGGUUACAAGAUCAUUCAUUGAGAUUGAUGCUGCAUUUGAAAAGUCAUGCUCCCUUGAGUCAGGCCGUUCUUCUGGCACUACUGCACUUACUGCAAUGAUAUUUGGGAGGUCAUUGCUUGUGGCAAAUGCUGGUGAUUGUCGGGCAGUAUUAUCACGGGGUGGAGUAGCGAAGGAAAUGUCAGAGGAUCAUAGACCUUGCUGCAUGAAAGAAAGGACAAGAAUUGAGUCCUUGGGUGGAUUCAUCGACGAUGGUUAUCUAAAUGGUCAGUUAGCUGUUACCCGUGCAUUAGGUGACUGGCACCUUGAAGGAAUGAAGAAAAAGGGUGACAGAAGUGGGCCCUUAAUUGCUGAACCAGAACUUAAAUUGGUUACACUGACGAAGGAAGAUGAGUUCUUGAUAAUCGGAAGUGAUGGAAUAUGGGAUGUAUAUUAUUCAAAUCAAAAUGCAGUAGAUUUUGUUCGGAAGAGACUUCAAGAGCACAAUGAUUUGAAGCGAUGCUGCAGAGAAAUGGUAGAGGAAGCAUUAAAACGGGGAGCAACUGACAACUUGACAGUUGUAAUUGUUAGCUUUCACUCAGAGCCACCGCCACCAGUGGUGGUACAGAGGGCAAGAGUCAGGCGAAGCAUUUCCGCCGAGGGGCUUCAGAAUCUCAAAUGCUUGCUAGAAGGCAGUGCUUAAAACUUUUCAUCCAAGUUCCCCAGGUGGUGGAGGGUAGAGCCAAUCAAAUAACAGUACAUAGCUAAAUUGGCUGUCCUCAAGUUUUGUUGGUGUAUACUGUAUAUAAAUUCAUGGGCAAAUAGAAUCUGCAUUUUUCUUCCCUCCUA